CUUAAUUCAAUGUCAAGGUCAGCUCAAGGACAGCUGGGUGCAUGAAUAUCGUUCUAGACGUUUAGUUAUUUACAUUGUUCCUUAUUUGGAAUAUAUGAAGGACGGGCAAAAUGACUGGAGUUAGCUUAAUGAAUUCUUGGGUUGAAGUAAACAAUGACUUCAAAAGGACUGCCAACACUACACAGUUGAUGGAUGACGAUCCAGAAAUUUUCGAUGGAUCUAGUCUCUAUUCGCAUUUUUGUAAUGUUUGGCAAAAUUCUCAGACAUCUCUAUCAGAAAUCCCUAUCCAAUAUAAAGAUGCUUGCUACAAAACUGUCCAACGAUUACCCAAGAUAUUUACAAAACUCUCUCAUCGUAGAGGAUUACCUAAUAUUCGUAGUGUAACAGAAAUGAUCAAUUUGGAAAGAAAUACCUGGAGUCUUAUUUCCAGUAUUUAUUUGGACCGUUUUCAAUCUGAAAUGAAGACUGGAACAACUGAAAGCAGUGAUCUAUCUAAUUUUAAUCAUUCAGAAAAGGAAAUAAUCCGUCUCCUGUAUGAAAAGGAUAGUGAACUACGUGAAACACAGAUAUUGAUCGAUUGGCUAGAACUGCUGGUUCGUGAACAGAUUGAAGAAGUCGCCGAAAGAUAUGAAUGCCUUUUUAAUCAAACAACAGCUUGGGAGAACACGGCACACCUACUGGAUUAUCUUCCGCAAUCAGAACUUACAAAGCGCCGUUUAGUCAAAGAAUUGCAUCCAGAUGUGGUAACGCUUACUGGCAAUGAGCUGGAUCAAAAAGAUCAAAUCGAUAAUGAUCGUUAUGUGAAUUAUUUAUUUUUAUGCCUUCGUGGUGGAGAUCUUCAUCGUGCUCAACUGUUGUGUACACAACGUCAUGAAUAUUGGCGAGCUAUUUCCCUGGAAGGUUGGCGUCCAUUUCACUACUCUGGAUUUAUUGAAAGUGAAUCCAAGGAAAUGGAGAAAGUAUUUAAUGAAGAUGAAGAACUCGGUGAAUCAGGACCAUUUUAUAUGCAGUUAACUGUUGAAGGCAAUCCAACAAGAAUUUUGUAUAAAUCUGUAUGUUGGUGGAAUUCUGAAAAUGUAAACUUACGUUCAUUUGAACGGGCUAUCUAUGCAACACUCUCAGGGAAUUUAGAUGUACUAACACAAAUUUUACCUGCUUCAUGGACUGAUCAAACUUGGGCACAUUGUCGAGCACUAGUUGAAGCACGUGUUGAUUCCAGUCUACGCAGUUUGUUGAAUACUGGUCCUAGAGCUGAUACAUUAGCAGUAACUGGUAGAACAACAAAACGCUGGCCUUUAGAUGGUGGUUUAACUCUACCAGAUUCAGCAUGGGCUCCUGGUGAUUGGACUCUUUCGGAUGCAUUUGCACGUGUUGAUGCACGUCUUGGUUGGUCAGCUAUUGGUUGUCUAGAAAAGUGCAGUAGUAGUAGUAGUAGUAAUCUACGUAUGCGAACAGUUAUACGGUCUGCAAUGAAUGAUUUCUUAAUGGAUGAUAAUUCCUACAUGUAUGCAAAUGAUGGUGAUGGUUUUCGUAAUAAUAACAAUAAUGACGAUGAUGCACAAUCGCCUUCAGUGUACGCAAUUGUCUAUUGUAUAUUCUAUGCUGUACAACAGACUGUUAUGUUAAGAAAUUAUGAUUCCUUUUUGGCAACUUUAGCAAAUAUUAUGCCAAAAUUAGUAUGUUAUGGCCUGGGUGAUGAAGUGGUUCCCGAGAUUGGUCCUAUACAACCACCAGAUUUCAGUCGAGUUGGUAAUAUCGAUCAAGUGAUUUGUCAUACACUUCGAUUUUUAACACAUUUUGUCCUAUUCUUGAAAUCUGCAGAAACCGAAAUUCAGGAUGUUACUUGUUCAGAAAUUAUCAAAGCUUAUUUGUGCUUUCUUAUGGUCAAUAAAAAUGCCGAUUUAGUAGCUUAUUACACCUCGGCAUUGCAUAGUGAAUCCUUACGAAUCCAAUGGUAUUCAUGGUUUUUAGCAGAAACCACCACCCAACCUUCUGAACGUGAACAUUGUCUAUCAUUGGCUGUAACCUAUGGAUUCGAUAUAGCCAAAUUAACUAGAGCUAUUGUUAAACUGUUAAGACAACGUAUGAAUUUACCAGGGGAACAACAGUACAUGCACACAGUCGAUUCAUUACGUAAUAUGUCGAGUGAAUCGUUCACAGGAUUAUUAGUAGAUGAUAAUGAUAAUGGAGAUGGUGGUGUAGAAAUUGGAAGAUUAAGUGAAAUCGAUAAACAACGAAUUGUUUCACUGGAUUGGCUAUUUUAUAAUCCAUCACAACGUGCAGAAGCUCUAUGCGUGGCUAAUAGUCUCUUAAGACUGUUUAUAGCGUUUCGUUCGCUUAAAGCAGCUGCAAAGGUUAUCUCCAAAUUACCAACUGGUACAUUAGAGCAUGCUAAAGUGAUUUGUGAAAAAUUAGGCUCUCCAAAUUCACUUGUCAAUACAAUUCGUGAAUUUGAAUGUUAUGUGUUGUAUUUAGAAAGUCGAGAUGCAUUUGCAGACUGGUAUAAACAGGUGCACACAAAACGACCGACAAAACCAUCUGCAUUAACCACAGCUGCCGCGAGCAAUUCAACACAUACUACUUAUGGUCCACGGGGUUUAGCUCAACGUCUUGCACUGGAAGAAUCGAAAAAGGAGUAUUUGGCUCGCUUAGAACGCUGGCGAUAUGAUACACGUUUAGAAACGCAAAAUGCAGUUGAGAAAUUGACAGCACUGUUAACUUAUCCAAAACCUGGUUGGUUGGUUGAUAUAAGCCAAACUGAAAAUAGCCAAUCACAAGCAUCGACACCACCGACAACUGAGGAUAAUAAUAACAACAAUAAUAUUACAGAAGAACAACCUGAUUUAUAUGAGAUGAAGUAUACUGGAGUCAAAGUUGAAUCUGACGGAGAAGACAAAGCAGCAGCAGCAGAUGGAGAUGAAGAAGAUAUUUUCAGUGGACUAGGUGAAAGUUGUGCAACACGUCAGCUACAAAUGAGUGUUCUACGAGAGGCAUGUUUAUCAGAGACACUAUUUUUAAUUUUACGCGUAUAUCAAACAGCUGGAUUACAUCAAAAGUGUAUAGAAUUGUCUAAUUUAAUUGCUGAUAAUGAACAUGGGUUAUUCAAGUUACUCCCUGUAGGUCAACUUCAAAAUCUGCUUUAUCAUAUCUCUAAAUCAAUACAACAUUUUAUUGAUAAUGAACAAGAUCCGCUUGGUUAUUCAUCCGCGGCCAAAUGAUAACGAUAGACAUCUUCUGCUAGACAACCUUAAUUAAAGUCUGUGCUCCAUUUCCAUCGAAGGCUGUCAUUCCUCUGGCAUUUAACAACUUAUUGAACAUUGAAUGAACGUGCAUUUUUUUCUUGUUUGUUUUAAUCAGGUUGUUGUUGUUGUUUGAGCGCGUCAAUCAAUUGUCUGUUUUGUUACGACGUUUAAAAGAAAAGAUUUUUAAUGUGAAUUGUAUAUGGUUGACUUUAUGUAAAAUAAAGUGUAAAAUAUGUAUUAUAUUUUUUUAAAAUAAUUAUUGUUUUAAAAGCAGAGAAAAUACAUGUGAAAUUUUG